AUGCCUAAAGUACACAGGUGUCCGCAUUGCUCGCGCGAGUUCAAACGGCCUGAACAUUUGAGACGGCAUUGUCGCGCUCACACUGGAGAGAAGCCAUACGUGUGCCACUGCGGAGCAUGCUUCACCCGGAAAGAUCUCCUUCGCCGCCAUGAGGGACUCGCACAUACAGACGACUCCGAAGACCCUUUGCAUUUGAUUAGUGCGAGUUCGAGCCGGACGAUGGGACUUGUCAACUUUCCCGCCAACGUCGAGCGUAACGAUCAAGCAGGUACCGACAUUGGCAAGCAAGCAGCUGAGGGCUGUAGCAGAAAUACUUCCUGGCAACCAUCGUCUCAAAACUGUAUGUAA